CGGGACGUGUUUGGGGACGGACCAAUGGCGGCGCCCUUGCGGCACUUCCGGCGUGUCCCGGCGAUGUGGCGAUGGCGGCUCCCGGGGCCGCUCCGGGCUGGGGGAGGUCCCGGCGGCGUCGCGGUUCCCCGGGCGGGGCUCAAGAAGUUGGCGCUGCCCCCGGAUUACAGCGGGAUCACCUUCCCGGAGAAGCCGAAGCUGAAGUUCAUGGACAAGGUGCCGGCGGUGCCCAAGGCCCGACGGGAGCCGCGGCGGCUCCGUGACAUCCGUGGCCCGUCCCAGGUGGCCACCGACUUCACCCAGGGCCAGUAUGGGAUCCUGGCUUUGGGCGGGGGGUACCUGCACUGGGGCCACUUCGAGAUGAUCCGCCUGACCAUCGGCCGCAGCAUCGACCCCAAGGCCAUGUUCGCCGUGUGGCGCGUGCCCGCCCCCUACAAGUCGGUGACGCGGAAAAGUCUGGGACACCGGAUGGGCGGCGGGAAGGGCCCCAUCGAGCACUACGUGACGGCGGUGAAGAGCGGGAGGCUGGUGGUGGAGGUGGGCGGGCGCUGCGAGUUCGCGGAGGUCAGGCCCUUCCUGGCCCAGGUGGCCCAAAAACUGCCCUUCCCGGCCAUCCCCGUCAGCCGGGAGAGCCUCCAGGAGAUGCGGCGGGAAGAGGAGGAGAAGAGGCUCAACAACCAAAAUCCCUGGACUUUCGAGCGCGUGGUGGCCUCCAACAUGUUGGGGAUGAGGAAGUACCUGAGCCCCUACGACCUGCGGCUCAAGGGACGUUACUGGGGCAAGUUCUUCCUGAGGCACAGGGUGUGAGGAGCGGCCGGAUUGGAUUCCUUUGGGAAUUAAACUCUUCCACAAGA